AAAACGCCAAUUACCCUGACAAAUUCCAGAGAUACCCUCCCGAUUCCUCGGGGCGGCCACGCCGACGCCGUAGAUCUCUCCCCCUCGACCCUGAGCUCCGGCGGUCUCGCCGGCGGUGUGAGCCGAAGCGAUGGAGCUCUGGAGCAAGCUGCGGAACCUGGACGCCUACCCGAAGGUGAACGAGGACUUCUACAGCCGCACCCUCUCCGGCGGUCUCAUCACCGUCCUCUCCUCCCUCGCCAUCCUCCUCCUCUUCUUCUCCGAGAUCCGUCUGUAUCUAUAUUCUGCUACAGAGAGUAAGCUCACUGUUGAUACUUCAAGAGGCGAAAGACUGCAUAUCAAUUUUGAUAUUACAUUCCCAGCUCUUCCUUGUUCUCUAGUUGCUGUUGAUACGAUGGAUGUCAGUGGAGAGCAACAUUAUGAUAUAAGACAUGACAUAAUAAAGAAAAGAAUUGGUCAUCUUGGUAAUGUAAUUGAAUCAAGAAAAGAUGGAGUUGGUGCCCCUAAGAUUGAAAGACCAUUGCAGAAGCAUGGUGGUAGGCUUGACCACAAUGAAGUUUACUGUGGGUCUUGUUAUGGUUCUGAGGAGUCAGAUGACCAGUGCUGCAACUCCUGUGAAGAAGUUCGUGAUGCCUAUCGGAAGAAAGGGUGGGCACUCACAAAUGUAGAAUUAAUUGAUCAGUGCAAGAGAGAGGGUUUCGUUCAAAGGUUAAAAGAUGAACAAGGGGAAGGUUGCAACAUCCAUGGAUUUGUAGAUGUGAAUAAAGUAGCCGGCAACUUUCACUUUGCCCCUGGGAAAAGCUUGGACCAGUCAUUCAACUUCCUGCAAGAUCUGUUGAACAUCCAACCAGAAACUUACAAUAUAAGUCACAAGAUAAACAAACUGUCCUUUGGGAAAGAGUUCCCUGGUGUUGUCAAUCCUCUUGAUGGAGUGGAGUGGACACAGGAUCACUCCAAUGGGUUAACGGGGAUGUACCAGUAUUUUGUGAAGGUUGUUCCUACAAUCUACACAGAUAUUACGGGACGGAAGAUUCACUCGAACCAGUUUUCUGUAACGGAGCACUUUAGAGAGGCAAUAGGCUACCCAAGGCCUCCACCUGGUGUAUAUUUCUUCUACGAAUUUUCACCGAUUAAGGUUGAUUUUACUGAAGAAAACACAUCGCUUCUUCACUUCCUGACAAACAUAUGUGCUAUUGUUGGAGGUAUUUUCACGGUUGCUGGCAUCAUUGAUUCUUUCGUGUACCAUGGUCACCGCGCUAUAAAGAAAAAGAUGGAGAUCGGAAAGCUUGGAUAAUCACAUUUUUAGCAUAUUUCCACUAGGAGCAUAGCCAAAACGAGUUAACUUAUGCUGCCUCGAAAUGUCGGCGAGGAGAAUUCAGCAGGGAUUUUGGUCAAGAUUCUAAUGCAUCCGUAGCACUCAGACUUGCUAAUUUCUGAGCCUGGAGCAUAUGCAUUUCAUGUGUAAGUGGUUACAACAUCAUCUCCAAUGUUUGUGUUAUAGAUCUAUUGUAACAGACUCAAAACCCUGUUAAAAAAAACUGUACUUUUGCUCCAUGCUCCGUAUUGU